UGUAAUCGCGUUAGCUGUACGGAGUAGUACGCACGCGACGACCUGCAGAGGAUCAUCUAUUCAUUUGUUGCAUGGCAACCAAUCAGCCUCUGACACUAGGAGAGGAAAAAAGAGCUAUCAACAUGCGAGAGUUUUGAAUGUCGUUGAGAGAUUUGGCCCUGCUCACGCCAUACCACGUCUGCCAUGCGCUGGAGAUCCGUCCGGGGAUCCCAGUAGCAGGUUAAAGUUAUUCCGAUGUUCGAUGCUUAUUGCACAAUCUGUGCAAACUCUCACCAGGGUGGACACGCGAGGACGAAAUGGGACAUCAACGCCGCAAUCAGUGUCUUGGAUGGAAAUGAGCAAUGGAGAUUCCAAGGAGAAAAAACAAACGUUGAAAUGAACGAAAACGACAAGGCGGCGGCAGCACAACAACAGCAUCAACAACAACAGCACCAUCGAAAACCUACGACCUCGUACACUACGGGCACGGCAGAGAACUUGGCCUCGCAUCGGGUACAAUUCCGCGUCAUCCCAUUCAGUCACGGUUCGGUCAUUGUCUCCUCCUCACAGCUCAAAGCGGACCCUACGCCAACCGAAGUUCAAUGUGGGAUUCAAUCCCCUAGUUCCGUAUCACGUUGGACGCUGCAGUCAAGUGGAAACAUCUGCCCACAUUCAAGGCUGGACUCGCUCCUUCAAAACCUUUGCCCUACCAAUACGACCACAUAUUGGCUCCUGUUCCCGCCCAGAGUCGCAUGCAAGACAGAUCGGGCAACCACAGAGCUUUGCUUUCAGGGUCCCCGGAGCAUAACCUUGAUUCCGAUGACACUGGCGCGCAGUUCGUUCCUACAUCUACCACCUUCUCUGUCCUUCCUCAAUUGUUUCCUAGACCGGGGUACUCGUACUUGCGAGAUGACAGACCAGGAUCUAUCUGACUUCCGCCCCUACCAACUGGCAACGGAACAGUGAUGAGGUUGACAAUAAGGGUUACGAUGGCACGCGAAUCACACCGAGAUUUAAACUUCCUUCAACGGUGAUCUUCCGUGUUGGGAAUGGCCACAUCCAGUUGACUUUAGCUACUCGACUCCCUGCGGGAUUUCUCUGGGGCGGAGCUAAAUCAAGAACACGCGCGCCUUUUUUUGAUAUUGGAGGCUCUUUGCCAGGCUUCCCUGCUCAGACUCCAAGUAUGGAUCAAGCAUCCACCUCUGUCCCACUUUGGCGACUCUGCAAC